AUGCUUUCCCUACUUAGUCAACUGAAAAUAGGCAGAAGUGCUGCCUACAUCCUCAGGUAUCAAUGGCUAGAGUAUACCAAUGAUGAUGAGAGCCCAGAGAAAGUUUGCAACUGCUCAGCAAUCCUGCAGGGAGAGAAGGAGGCAUUGCAGCAAGCCAAAUUAUUUACCAUCAGCAUUGGUAAAUUUCAGAAGAGUAUUCAGAUUCCUGAUGAGUAUUAUAUUAAUGCAACCCAAGACUGCAGGAAAUUCAAAAUAACCAGGAAAUACAUAACAUUCCCGUUAAGCAAGGAAGAAGAGGACUUUUCCCUGGCUUACUCUAUGGUUGUCCAUCACAAGGUGCAGAACUUUGAGCGACUACUGCGAGCUAUCUACGCACCUCAAAAUAUUUAUUGUGUUCAUGUGGACAAAAAAGCACAGGCUUCAGUCUUUAUUGCCAUCAAUGCCAUUACUUCCUGUUUCCCAAAUGUGUUCAUGGUCAGUGAGGCUGUGGAUGUGGUCUACGCUGGAUGGACACGUGUACAGGCUGAUCUUAACUGUAUGGCUGAUCUCUAUAACACCAGUACAACAUGGAAAUACUUCAUCAACCUCUGUGGUCAGGAUUUCCCUCUAAAAACUAAUUUGGAAAUUGUGCAAGCUUUGCGUUCACUGAAAGGAGGUAACAGUUUGGAGUCGGAAGAAAUGCCUCAAGGAAAGAAGAAGAGGGUGAUGAAUGCUUACCAAGUAGUUAAUGGACAAAUCCAGCCAAUAGGAAAAACAAAGGAUCCAGCUCCCUUUAAUCUGCCCAUACUAUCAGGAAAUGCCUACAUUGUGGUCAACCGAGGUUACAUUCGCAGUGUGUUGGAAGACGAGCGAAUACAGGCCCUCACUGAGUGGGCCAAAGACACCUACAGUCCUGAUGAGUUUCUGUGGGCAACAAUACAACGAAUACCUGGUGUUCCUGGCUCAUCGUGGCCCAACAGUAAAUUCGAUAUUACUGACAUGCAUGCAAUUGCACGGCUCGUGAAGUGGCAGUGGCACGAGGGGUCAGAGGGUUCCUUGCAAGCAGUAUACCCAGAAUGUAAAGGCCACCACAUUAGAUCAAUGUGUGUGUAUGGUGCUGGAGACCUGCAGUGGUUGAUUGAACAGCAUCACCUUUUUGCCAAUAAGUUUGAUGCAGACAGAGAUCCCAUUGCUAUCUACUGCUUGGAGAAAUAUCUGAGACACAAGGCACUGACUGAGUUAGUUUAG